AUGCCUCUCCUACCGGGAUUGAUACGUCGUCGUGGUCCAUCUAGCGACGACAUCCGACGACGAAGUUUUCUGUUGCCGGAAUCAAUGGGUAACCCGACUUUACUCGAUGGCAGAGCCAGCGAGCAGAUACCCAGAAGACCUUCCGCUGCAGAAUUUCUGUCUCCAGCAGGUGCUGAAGCAGAGGGAGCAUCUUCACCUCGAGCAUCAGCUGAGAGUGCCACCAGCCCUUUGGAGCCCUCGAUCACUCCCCCUGUGCAGCAACAAACACCCAAGCAUCACCGGUUUUCCAUGUUGAAAUUCCGCCAUGCUUCAGACUCCCAAUUAUCAACAAGGGCUCGACUACAGGCCCAACAAGAUCAGCUUGCCACUGCUCCCCCCAUGCCGCAUCCCCCCGAAAUCAUCACGACCGCUCCUACGAUGGAUAUGAAUGCAACAAAGCCAGCGAAACCAACGAAGAAAAAGUCGAGAAUACGGAUGGGCCGUGUUAAGAGUUCCUUGGACUCUACCGCGGAAGAGCCGGCGAAAGUCACGAAACACGAGAAGAAGGAAAGGAGAAAGACCAUGUCCGAAACUGCCCCCUCAGGUAAUAAGAGCAGAGUCACUUUUGACGAGCUUCCGCGACCUUCGACACAAACAGCUAGUAGCGAAAAUUACCCACCAGCCUACGGUGAUGAUUCCAAUUCGACUUUAGCACUCCCAGCUACACGGGUAUCUGAAUCGUCGAGGUCUGAUGGGAGUUCAGGAGAUCAUGGAGUAUAUGCCUCAACUACAACAACCACACAUACCAUUCAUACAACCACCACUUUCUUUCGCCUUCCCCGUCGGAAGAAGACACCAGCGCCUUUGUUUAAUCUCUCCCAUCUUCCUCAGAAAUCUACCAACCCAGACCAGGCCCAAUCUCUAGCAGCGUCUCGAGCAUCUGCUAGCUCCUCUCGAAUCUCAGGGGUCGAUCCUGCUGCUAUAAAAGCAGAUGUGAGAGCCAGCGAUAGUCUACCCUCUCCUAUGCUGUCACCAUCACCGUCAAUCUCACACAGUGCUCUCGCCAAAACUUCAUCCGCAUCGGGAGUUGCAGGGCUAUUCAGACAGGGAUCAGCGGCAUCCUCCAUUUCGUCUCCAACUCGUGCAAGGUUGGGUCAGCGUGGAAGAUCAUCUACCCUGAAUUCUCUACAUAACAAUGCUAGUGAUGACGCUUUACCCACUCCGACCCUUCCUACUUCUGUCCGCACUUCUACAUCAACUGGUAGAAAGAGCUUUGGUGACCUGUUUAGUCUAUCACAUCGACUUCGCCAAAACUCCGAGCCACCUGUUCCACGUAACUCAGGUCCCGCGACUCCAGGUUCGAGUACGUCCAAGAAUAAUUCCAUCCAGCUAACACGAGAGCCUAUUGUUUUACCUGAACGGUUCGAAGAUGAUACCCCGGCGAAGUACCUUGUUCGCCUGGAAGAAGCUGUCAGCAGGGGCGUUGUAGCUAGUGUGCUGUCUAAGGGUACUGAUCCGUUUUCUCAAGCCGUUCUUAGAAGCUACAUGAGAGGUUUUGGUUUCUUCGGUGACCCAAUGGAUAUGGCCAUCCGAAAAUUGCUGAUGGAAGUUGAAUUACCCAAGGAGACUCAACAAAUCGAUAGAUGCUUGCAAGGCUUCGCCAACAGAUACCAUGAGUGCAACCCCGGCAUAUACGCAUCUCCUGAUCAAGCGUACUUUAUUGCAUUCUCACUCCUCAUCCUGCACACCGACGUCUUCAACAAAAACAAUAAACAUAAAAUGCAGAAGUCGGAGUACUUGAAGAAUAUUCGCGGCGAGGGAAUAUUUGAUGAGAUUUUAGAAUGCUUCUAUGACAACAUUUCGUACACGCCCUUUAUUCAUGUUGAAGACGAUCUUGACAUCAACGGCGAACGAAUCGUACAGCAUAAGACGAAAAAGAAGUCCAUAUUGUCACGUGGCAAUGUGGAUCCAACGAAGCGGCCAUCGAAAGAGCCUGUUGAUCCUUACACUCUUAUUAUUGACAGCAAGCUAGAUACGCUGAGACCGAAUCUCAAGGACGUGAUGCAUCUGGAGGAACAUUACGGCUACCUCGGAACGGCACCAUCGCUCAAUCUGGAGGAUCUACAAAAGACUUUCUUCAGGACGGGCGUUCUACAGAUAGUUUCAGCACGAUCUCGCCCUGACGCCUUUAUGUCCGAGAAAACUGUUACAAAUCCUGAAGAGGCCCACCCCGGGAUUGUUGAUAUAAAGAUCACGAAAGUUGGCCUCCUUUGGCGAAAGGACACGAAGAAGAAAAAGACCAGAUCUCCCUGGCAGGAAUGGGGAGCUAUUCUAACUGGUGCUCAGCUUUACUUCUUCAGGAAUACCACUUGGAUCAAGAGUCUGAUGCACCAAUUGGAAACACAUAUCAAGCAAGGCCACGAUGGCAUACCAAUUAUCUUCAAGCCUCCCCUUGAACAAUUCAGCCCUGACGCUUUGAUGUCGACGGAUGAUGCAGUCGCUUUGCUCGACUCUACCUAUCAGAAGCAUAAGAACGCAUUCAUUUUCGUUCGGCACGGAGGGUUUGAGGAGACCUUCCUUGCGGACAAUGAACAAGAAAUGAACGAUUGGCUUGCGAAACUCAACUAUGCGGCAGCUUUCAGGACAGCUGGGGUCCGCAUGCGGGGCGUAGUUGGAGGAAAUUAUGAAGGCCAGCGAAGUCGUGGAAUAAGACGAUUGGAGAGCCAGACAGAUGGAAUGAAAUCGGUGCAAACCCCGACUGGCGAAGUAACCAUUGUCAGUGGAAGGAUCGAUACAAAGAUGCAGCAAGACAUUCUUUCGGCUCGCCGGGAAAUCAUGCAGCAGAAGAUUUCAGAAGCUGAGGAAAGGCUUACUAUAGCGGAAAAACAACUUGAUGCCCAGCUCAGGAAUGCUCGACACCUUCAAAUCCUCUCUCCAAUCCAGCCAAAAACCCGGGAGCAGGUGCUUCUCGCCGCUGGUCGAAUGGCUGCUAACUUGAAAUGGGGCAGAAUGGAAAUUUGGCGCUUAAGAUGUCACAGGGACAUCUUGGUGAAGGAUUUGGAUGAAGAGAGAAACCCUCCAGAGAAGGCCAUUCCUAAAGUGGAUAUUAUGAGUGAAACUGCAGCUUCUGAACGUAGCGCUCUUGAUCGUUUACGUUCGAUAUCAAGCACUGCUCACCGUGGCCAGCGACCGACCUCGCAAGCGACAAAUCGCCCAUCAACUUCGACGCUGCAAGCGCCCCAACAGGAAGCAGAUCAUGGAAUGGAUGAUAUUUUCCAGACCCCACCCGUUGUUCCGAGCUCCUCAAGUUUCCACCAACAGCAAGCUUCAUGGGAGCUUCCGCCGUUGAGCUUCGAUGCUCGUGCACGCAAAGCAUCUGUCUCUAGUGCUGUGCCUUCAAGUCCGAGCUUAGCCACAACUCCGUCAAAAGCCAGCUUAAAACCCACUACUGCCAUGUCAGAUACACCACGAGCUCCAAGUCCAAAUGUGGAUGCGGCAGAGCAAGCUGUGCUGGAGGAGGCAGGGCUUAAGGAGCCAGAAAGAACUCCAGACGGCAAGCGUCCAAUUGCUCCCGACGUUGAGGAGAGCAAGGAUCACACGAAGGACCCCGCAGCUGAAAAGGAGAAGCUAGAGAAAGGAAAGAUUCGUCGAAGUUUGCAUCGUACUCUUCGAGAAGCUCAUGUACCCACCCACACGCGAAGCAGGAAAGGGAAAGAUUCGUCAUCGAGCGCUGGAAUGUCCGACGAAACUGCUGCAGAUGACGUGCUAUCUCGCGGUACUGGCAGCUUUGUGGUUCAUGGCAAGAAGGCUUCUGUUAUCCAGUUCGGGUCAGAGCUUCAGAGUAUGUCACCUGAUGAGCGUUUACGACUACGAAGGCAACCCCACAAAGAUGAGCCAGGUGGUCUUUCACCUGCGACAAUUGAAGACGAUUUCCAAUCUGCUCUCGCUGAGCCUGCAGACUUCCGCGAACGACAAAAUUCGACAAGCUCUGCAACAACCAAAAGCUUCAGGGAACUUCAUAAGAGGCUACAUCCAACAGGUAUCCCGGCUAUUGUAACAUCAGAUGGUGAAGAUAGCGAGGCAGCCAUCAGUUUCUCGGAGGACGGGAGACGAACGCCUCUACCUCCAGUGGAAGAUGAGGAAGAGGACCAAGAUUACCUCAAUCGUCCGGGAAGCUCAAAUCAGCAAGCGAUGUUCUACACACCGGAGGCCUCGAAUUCGCCUUCUCGAUCAUACUUCUCCGAAAAACACUAUGCAGGUGACCACACAGACGAAUCAGUUGAGGGUGAACAGGAAAGACUACCUACCCCUCCAGCGCAGACCUCUAUCGCCGCUUGA